AUGGCAAGUGGUGUCAAAUUUCAUCCAUGCUUCCUUCUCUCAUAUUACCUUAUAGGCGUUUUGGUUACAGCUCAUAAUGUCCCCCAAGCACAAUUAAUACCAUACUUCGGUCAGCAUCUCAUGAAGGCCUCAAUUGGCACUCCACCAGUAGACAUCUACGGCAUGAUUGAUACAGCUAGUAACAUUGUGUGGGCACAAUGUGUACCUUGUGAUGUCUGCUUCAAUCUGAUUCACCCCGGGUUCGAUCCUAAAAAGUCCAGCACAUACAGUGAAAUUUCUUGUCAUUCAGGAAAAUGUCACGAAUGGUAUGAUGUCCAUUGUUCUCCUCAAAAUAGUUGCAAUUACGUUAGUGGAUAUGCAAGUGGUUUAUCCAAUGGUGUUCUGGCCAAAGAAAAAGUCACCAUCACUUCUACCUCCGGGCAAGCAGUUUCCUUUGAUAUUGCUUUUGGAUGUGCACACAACAUUACUUUCAGUCACAGUAAUCACACAACGGGACUCAUUGCAUUAGGAGCAGGGCCUUUGUCCUUUCCUUCACAAAUUGGUAGCAAGAGGUUUUCUUAUUGCUUGUUGCCAUAUGCUAUCGAAUAUACUUAUCCUAAUAUUAAAAGCAAGAUAAGUUUUGGCAAUGGCAGUGAAGUUGUGGGUAAUGGUGUGGUUUCAACACCAAUGUUUGUAGCUGGAGAACAAUAUAAUGUGACACUAGAAGGAAUUAGUGUUGGAGACACAUAUGUGCCCUUUAACUCUUCAGGUAAGGUUUCUAAGGGCAACAUUUGUAUCGAUUCAGGAUCAACACUAUUCGCUUUGCCACCAGAUUUUUAUAAUCGCUUAGAGGUGGAAGUGAAGAAGCAGAUUUCAAUUGAACCCAUGAAAAAUGACACUCUUUUGGGGAACCGGCUUUGCUAUAGAACUGAAAUUACUAAUGAUAAUGGACCAAUAUUGACUGUCCAUUUUGAAGGUGCAGAUGUGGAGUUAAAGCCUUUACAAACUUUCAAUCAACCGGUUAAAGGAUAUGAUAUUUACUGCUUUGCAAUUAUAAAUCAUGCAAAAACUGAAUUGGCAUAUUUGGGUGACCAAGGCUUAUAUGGCAACUAUGUUCAAGCUAAUUUUUUGAUUGGGUUUGACUUGGAAACAAGGAUGGUCUCCUUCAAGCCGACUGAUUGCACCAAACUGUAG